AUGCGUUUUGCGAUGUUUAUUCAUCUUGAUAACGAGAUGAGAAGAAUUAAAGAAGAAACGAGGAAAAAACGGAGGAAACUUUCGCCGCCUCCGGACUUAUUACAUAGUACCGAUGAGGAUGAUGGUAACAGUAUAAAAAUGAGUUCACAACCAUCACUAGAAACAACGGCUAUUCGACAAAACCGUAAUACAGCUAACACAACUGUAUUAGAGCAGCGAACACUUACAACGGUAUCUCAGUCUACGUUGGAUGAUUCAGUAGAAGGUGAUGAUGAGGCUUUUCAUGUUGUACAUCACCAGCGUCGUCGAUUACAGCCGAGAGAAGCGCAAAAUGAGCAAUUUUUUGAUGCAACAACUUCACCAUCUUUACCGACAUCUGUUUCCAAGAUUUCAAAGGAAGCAGAACGUUUCAGUUGGGAAUUCAGAUUUCCGCCGGUGAAAAUUUCAUUUUCUAAUACAAACGUUUUGUUUACCGAUCAGAUCGCUAGACAGUUUAUUGUUGAAUUAAAACGACGAAUUAUUACAACUCGCAACUUGGUUUCAUUUUGGCGAAUUGAUAGUACAGAGAAAUAUUUAUUUGUUUAUGGUGAUAACCGUGAAGCAUUUUCACAGUUACUUAUGAAUGAAACAUAUCCAAGUAGUAUUAAUGGUCAACAAUUUAAUAUUGAACAGCCUAAGAGUAUACCUCCACAGAUGAGUGUUUUAGCUAUGGGAGUUUCUUGUCAGCUAUCAGAAGUAGAAGUACUAGCUGAUGUUCAGGAGCAGUAUGCCUCUGCGGAUGUCGUCCUUUUCGGCU